AUGGACGAGACUCACAGGAACGGUGUGAAGCCAAAGCACUACGAUUCUAUCAGAUCAGCAACGAGAAUUCGCCGUUCAGGAGAAUCAGAACACGCCAUGAGUUUCGCAGUCCACCAAAAAGCUCAAUCCAUAUCAAACCUCGAGAGCACCGGCAUGGAGCUCGGCUGUCCCUUUCGAAUGGCCUUCGGCUCAUCUCUAUUCAGCAGCGACGAAGCAGCAAUCCGUUUCAAGCAAGCACUCGAUGUCAGAAGAGGACACAUCGGCCUCUACCGCCCGUCUAUCGAGCGUCUUCAGAUCCACACGGCGGCACACAUGUUUAAUGGAUUGGAAACUCACAGUAUUGGUCAACGUGGACAUGUUCUUGCUUCGCCCGCCGACCGAACAAGGACUGCUCAGAAUUCUGGGCAUCCGAACCCCAACCCGCCGCAAACCAUCCGACGAUCUACUGGUCCACCACCGCAAAAUGCCUCACCUGGCACCUAUACGCAACCACAAGACGUCAACAGCUCAACGCAAGCUAUUCGAGGUCAUGUUAACAUCACCGCAUCACAUACCACUGGCACCACUUCCACCUCACUGCCCGCUCACCCCUACGCCAAUGCUACCACCCAUGACCUCCCUACUAUGCGCAUGCUGCAUGCUCCGCGAACCCCUCCUUGCCAAGCCAUCCAUGGUCUACCCGACGCGCCAACACAAGCCACCCAGCCAACACAGGUCUUUGCCCUAACACGGCCCUUCCGUGGCCAUCCUACCACGAGCUCGAUGGAUUUUCCGAACACAAAUGCGCUCUUUUAA